GAGGAUGACGUGCACAAGUGCGGGCGCUGCCAGUCGGAGUUCAGCUCGCUGCAGGAGUUCGUGCAGCACAAGCUGCAGAAGGGCUGCCAGCGCCCUCCCGACGCGCUCGCCGGCCUCCUCGGCCAGGAGGGACAAAAGGUGGUUCCUGCUGUCGAGGAGUCCAUAACUGUUGCUCACAUCGUUGUUGAAGCAUCUUCCAUAGCAGAGGAGAUCAGCAACGCCUCGGCCAUCGUAGGCAGUGGGCACAUCAAAGAGGUCAUUGUAGCAGGAGACCAUGUGUUUGAGAACCCGAAUGGCCACGUGGAUGGGGAGGUCAGUGAGGAGCAGGGCAGCCCCGAGGAGCAGGAGCAGGACAUUUCCACUGAGCUGAUCAAGGUCAAGCUGCAGGUGAACAAGGAAGGGCGAUACGUGUGUGAGCUGUGCCAGAAGACAUUUAAAACUGCUAGCAUCCUCAAAGCUCACAUGAUCACUCACAGCAGCAGGAAGGACUAUGAGUGUAAACUCUGUGGGACUUCCUUUAGGACAAAGGGGUCUCUGAUCCGACACCAUCGGCGGCACACGGAUGAAAGACCUUACAAAUGCAAGAAAUGUGGGAAAAGCUUCCGGGAAUCAGGAGCUUUGACUCGGCACCUUAAAUCUCUGACACCUUGCACUGAAAAAAUCCGCUUUAACGUGACCAAAGAAAUAGUUGUCAACAAAGAUGAUCUGCCAUCAGGAUCCUGCAGCUCCAACACAGACACGGUGUCCUCGAUAGCGAGCGAAUCCAUCGAGGCCUCCCCUGUCAUCCACCUCGUGACAGAUGCAAAAGGCAACGUGCUCCAUGAAGUCCAUGUCCAGAUGCAGGAACUUCCCGUGGUGGAUGCUAAACCCCUGGAGCCAGAUCAGCCGCAUCCUGAGGAGCUGCCCUGUGAGGGGGAAGUGAACAGUGAGAACCUGCUGAGGCAGGCCAUGAGGAAUUCGGGAAUUGUCAUUGAGAGAGUGGCCGUGGAGGAGGUGCAGAAGCCGGAUGAACCUGUGGCAGCUGCUCCAGAAGAGCUGGAAAACAAAGGGGUGGAAGUAGAAGAGGAGCCAUGUGGGGAGCAGUGUGCUAAACUGGAAGGAGAAGAGUCUACAGCUGCAGAAAGAACCAAUGGGUACAAACGUUAUGUUUGCUUUCACUGUAAUGAAGCCUUCAAUGAAGCUGCUGCCCUGGAAACUCACAGCAAGGGGCACACAGAGUACAAACCCUUCAAGUGUGAGGAGUGUGGCAAGGAGUUCACCAAGGGCUACCUGCUGAAGAAGCACCAGGAGGUGCACGUGAACGAGCGGCGGUUCCGCUGCGGGGAGUGUGGGAAGCUCUACAAGACCAUAGCCCACGUCAAGGGGCAUCGGCGCGUGCACUCGGACGAGCGGCCCUACGCCUGCCCCAAGUGCGGCAAGCGCUACAAGACAAAGAACGCCCAGCAGGUGCAUUUCCGUACCCACCUGGAGGACAAGCCCUACGUGUGCCAGUUCUGCAGCCGGGGUUUCCGGGAGAAGGGCUCCCUGGUGCGCCACAUCCGCCACCACACCGGAGAGAAGCCCUUCAAGUGCUACAAGUGCGGGCGCGGCUUCGCCGAGCACGGCACCCUCAACAGGCACCUCAAAACCAAAGGUGGCUGCCUCCUUGCUAUGAAAGAGGUGGAAGAAGUGGUAGUGUCAGAGGAGAGUCAGUCUGCUGACAACUUGGCAGCCACGGUCCUUUCGGAAGAUCCACACACAGUUCUGGUGGAGUUCUCCUCGGUGGUGGCAGACACCCAGGAGUACAUCAUCGAGACUUCUACUGAGGACAUGGAGACCAGCGAGGCUACUGAAAUAAUAGAGGGAACAAGGCAUGAGGUCGACAGCCACAUCAUGAAGGUGGUGCAGCAGAUCGUGAACCAGGCCAACUCCGGCCACCAGAUCAUCGUGCAGAACGUCACCGUGGCCGAGGGCGCCGCGGCCGCCGACGCCGGCGACACCAUCACCAUCGCCACGCCCGAGAGCCUCACCGAGCAGGUGGCCAUGACCCUGGCCUCGGCCAUCGGAGACGGAGCCGUGCUGGCCACCGAGGGCGGGCUGGCCGCGCAGGAGGCCACCGUCACCAUGGUGGCGUCCGAGGACAUCGAGAUCAUGGAGCACGCGGGGGAGUUCGUGAUCGCCGCCUCGCAGGAGGGCGAGGUGGAGGUGCAGACCGUGAUCGUGUGAGGGAGGGGCAGCUGCAAACGGCCCGGCUGCUCCAGGCUGACCUGGCCACUGGGGCUGCUCAGAGAGCCACGGGGAAUGUUCUGGAGGGAGGUGGCUUCAUGGGACAGGGCAGAUCCAAAACAGAACAGGUCAGACCCAGAACAGGGCAGGGCAGACCCAGAACAGGUCAG